CUCAUUCGUUCACUGACUACCGCGAGGAGCGAGCGUGCGCUCGAUUUAAAAAAAGAAUAGUGUAUUUGUGUGUAUGUGUACAAACAUGUUUGUGCCAGUUUUGUUUGUGUUUUUCCUUGCGUACGCGCAUGGUUUGCAAGUGAAUACUACUGAGGGUAUUGUUGAAGGAUCUAGAGCAGUUGAUGGGGAUUAUUUCACAUUUUACGGUGUUCCGUACGCGGGACCAACGUCUGGGCCAAACAGGUUUAAGGCGCCGAUUCCCCCGAAACCUAUCCCUGGAGUGCUUCGAGCUACCGACAGCAAUAUAUUCUGCGCACAGCCAUCGUCUCGAGGCCUCAUUGGAGUCGAAGACUGCUUGACACUGAGCAUCUUCACAAGAAACGUCACUUCACCAAAACCAGUAAUUGUCUUCCUCAACUCCGAUGAGUACACCAAUACAAACAACCAGCCCAUAUCCUACAGAAGACUCGUAGAACAAAAUAUUGUUUUUGUGACAUUAAAUUUCCGAUUGUCAGUUUUCGGAUUCCUUUGUCUCGGUGUCCAAGAAGCACCUGGAAAUGCAGGCCUAAAAGACGUGCUUCAAGGACUGAAAUGGAUCAAAUCGAAUAUCGCAAACUUUGGAGGAGACCCGAAUAAUGUAAUUCUUUUGGGACAUGCAUCUGGUGGAGCAAUGGUCGAUCUCCUCACGCUAUCUCCUCAAAUUGAGAAUCUAGCGCAUAAAGCUAUAGUACUCAGUGGGUCUGCGCUAGCUCCGUGGGCUGUUGCCUACGAUCCUGUUGGAUACGCCAAUCUUUUAGGAACUAAACUUGAGUACGAGCACAAAACUCCCGAAGUAUUAGCAAAGCGACUUAGUAAUACUGACAUUAACGUUCUACACACUGCAUUGAACGACUUCAAGUUCUUCAAUAACACGCCAUUGUUCGCACCUUGUGUUGAGAAUCCGAAGCUAAGCCCCAACCACACAGUUUUGCCUGACGCUCCAAUCAACAUCCUGAGAUCAGGCAAAUACGUUCACAUUCCCGUCAUUUACGGAUACACCAACAGAGAAGGAACAAUGAGGGCCGAAGAAGCUGACUUUGGAAAUUGGUUGACCUUAAUGCAAUCCAACUUCACAAGUUUCCUACAGGUUGAUUUGAAAUUGAAUAAUAACAAAACAGCUGUGGCAGCGUCCAUUCGUGAUUUCUAUUUUGGUAGUAGUCCAAUUAGUAUGGGCACUAUCGAAGACUUUUUGGAUUAUCAAGGUGACACACUAGUCCUUAUUUCCACAAUCAGAGGGGCAAAGGAAAGGGCUUUAACUUCCAAAAGCGAAGUGAGAUUAAUGGAGUUUGCUUAUCUAGGGACUCUGAACUCUAAUUGGAUUCACAACCAAAUUCCUCUAAGUGGGGCUGCACAUGGUGCCUUCCUCAACUAUCUGUUUGGUUAUGACCUACGUCCCGCUGAUGAAGCAGUGAGCAGGGCACUCGUGGGACGGGUGUCAGCUUUUGCCUACAAUUGGUCAAACAAUACAUGGGCGGCCAUUACAAAAGAUGCGACUAAUUACCUCUACUACGGUGGCAAUGGAGCUCCGACUGCCAACAAUACGUCGAUCUACGUGGAAGAACCCAGGUUCAACCCCCAUGUACAGCGUAUGUCCUUCUGGGGCAACCUGUAUGAGAAGUUUUACGUUGCCCCUACGCAGCCCAGCUCAUCAAACAUGAUCGUCAGCUCUUUAUUAUUUAUAAUGCUCUGUCAAAUGACACUGCGUUUGUUUUAGUUUAGAUUAUUGCCAAUUUCAAAUGUACGUAUCAAAGGGAUGAUAAAAUAUACAAUCAUCCUCUAUUUAGUCGAUUAGAAAAUGUAAGUUUUAAAUGGAAACUAGUUAGAUUUCAAGUAUUAAAGUUAAGAUUUAAAUUUCAAAUAUAAUUAAAUAAUGUGAUACGCUAUAUUUUUAGGUUUUUAAACCAAAAAUACUGCCGCUUAUUUUAGAACUAGCUUUUGUUCGCGUGGAAUAGUGACUUAUUUCAGAUUUUUGGUUUAUAAACUAUCUUAUGUCCUUUCUCGAGUUGCAAACUAUGUCUGUACCAAAUUUUAUACAAAUAGGUUCAGUAGUUUAGGCGUGAAAAAA